ACCAGUUUCAGCUCACUGGACUCGGCCCCGUUCAAUCAUAAACCAUCCGCCUCUGCUUCUCUUCAAAAACCUCGACAAAACCUCCGUCUCUCUCAGACCUCUUUUGAACAUUUUUCUGGCCGCCGGCAUUUUGACUCGUAGGUUUUUGUACUCGGCCCCGACAACAUGUCGCUCUGUUCUCCGAGCUUCAACCUCGCGCGUGUUUGCACCUUGUGGGACGACACCACAGCCAAUCCAACGCCGCAAUGCCGGAUUUUGGGAUGCUCGCUGAAUCCUAGUCUCGAUUCCACGAGUCAUCGGCCAAAGAUGGUGGCUUUCCGCAUUCGAGAACAUUAUUAUCCAGCCCAGAACCGCGGGUUCGGGCUUCGAUGCAUCGGGUCAGAGUCCGUGGCGAAGGGGAUCACCGGGUCGGAAGAGGGACAAACUGGUGAUUUGAAGGAGGAAUUCAGGGUGGGAGGUGAUUAUGAGGCAAAUAUUGAUGGUGGCGGAGGAGAUGGUAGUGGUGGUGGAGAUUCGUUUGGAAAUGGUGGUGAUGGAGAAGACGGCCGCGGUGGUGGCGAUAACGACGAGGAGAAGGAGUUCGGGCCUAUUUUGAAGUUUGAGGAGGUGAUGAAGGAGACGAAGGCUCGAGGGGCUGAGCUUCCUUCGGAUAUGUUGGAGGCCGCCAAGACGACUGGAAUUCGGCAACUGCUUCUUGAGCGGUAUUUGGAUUUGCAGGGGUCUGCUUGGCCGCUAGGCCUUUUGAUGAGGUACUGCUCUAUGCUUCGUAACCGAAUGCUGGCUGAUCCUUCGUUUCUUUUCAAAGUUGGGAUAGAGAUAGUCAUAGAUUCCUGUUGUGCAACAUUUGCGGAGGUUCAGAAAAGAGGGAAGGAUUUUUGGUCAGAGUUUGAGUUGUAUGCUGCAGAUCUUUUAGUUGGUGUGGUUGUGGAUAUUGCUUUGGUUGGUUUGUUAGCACCUUAUGUUCGAUUUGGCAAGCCAUCCACAUCGAGGGGUUUAUUUGGACGCAUACAACAUGCUUGUGAUGCUCUUCCUAGCAGUGUUUUUGAAGCGGAAAGGCCAGGUUGUAGCUUCUCGGCAAAGCAGCGGAUUGCCACAUACUUCUAUAAGGGUGUAUUAUAUGGAUCAGUUGGAUUUGGAUGUGGUCUCAUUGGCCAAGGCAUUGCAAAUAUGAUCAUGAAUGCCAAACGGAGUUUAAAGAAAUCAGAAGAGGACGUACCUGUGCCUCCUCUUGUGAAAAGUGCUGCUCUUUGGGGUGUGUUUCUUGCUGUGUCUUCCAACACUCGCUAUCAAAUCAUAAAUGGACUGGAGCGUCUGGUUGAAGCCUCAUCUUUGGCGAAGCAGGUUCCACCCGUUGCGAUGGCUUUCACCGUAGGCGUGAGAUUUGCCAACAAUAUUUAUGGUGGUAUGCAGUUUGUAGAUUGGGCUAAAUGGAGUGGGGUUCAAUAGCUCUGCCUGAAUCAUCUAGAUUGCAUAAAAUGCUUCAGAAUUUUAAAAUAUUGAGGGCAGGUUCUUCAAGUUUUGCCAUUAGUUCUGACUGGAAGCUUCCUAUUUUAGUUUGGCUUCCUAUCUUACAAGGAUGAUAAGUUAUGCUUAAAUCAUCAAGCAAUAAAUCAACCUCUCUCUCUCUC